AUGACAGCAGAAUCAACAAACGAUGACCCGCAGUUUGCGUUUAACUUUGCCGACACACCAGAUGACACCAAAAAAGAUGAAAGGCCUAAGGCCAAAAAGGUCGAAUGCACCAAGAAGGAAGUCCAAGCUAUCCUUAACCUCCAAGGCAAGGAAGAGUGGCUGGAGUGGCUGAGAUCCGACAUGCGCGGUAAGGGAAUUAGUGAGAUACAGAGCAGAACGGUCAAUGGUGAGGCGCACCGCAUGCAGAAGUACAGCACCGGCUGGCUUGUGGAGAUCCACGCACCAUUGCAUAUUGAAAAGCUACAUGGCGGGAUGGCGGUGAUGGGAACAAAACAGCAAGGUGAGGGUGUCACUCUAGGAAAGGGAAAGGCGAAGUCAUCAGAUGGACCAUCAAAGACCAAAAAGGCGAGGGAUGAUGGAGACACAAUGAGGAGUAGAGCGCAGCCGGGCGAUGACAGACAAUCAGCAAACAGCACGACAAUGAUACAUGGGAACACAGGCAGCCAGGACAAGGAUGUAGAGAGUGAGGACGAGGUGCAGCUGAGCGAAGACGAAGAAGAAGACGACAUACCAAGCCUUGCUGUGUCGCCAUGGAAGGCAGGGAAGAAACCGGACGUGUUUGAUCCGACAGAGACCUACUGGAAGUUUCGGCGCAUCGUUGGAGCACUCAAAUAUGUUGAACUCGCCCCAGAGGUGGCAACUGCAGAUGCGAUUACUCUCACCGAUCACGAGACUGACCCCACGACUCAGGAAAACACGGAGUUCGACCCGCCAUCAACUAGCCCGGGGGGUGAGAAUGGCGCCAGGCCAGCAUCCACCUUCGAUAGCUCCAAGUACGUUAAUGUAUUAGCGUAUGAAAGCGAACUCACAGUGCAAAUUGACGCCAGGAUUAUGGAUCUUGGAUGA